AUGUCGAGUGAUGCUAGCCUCGACACACAACUUGCCACGCCUCAUCCUGAAUCCUCCAUGAGGAAGAGGACUAAUGAGUUCGACUUACAAGCUCAACUCGACCGAUUGCGCGUGGACAUGACCAAGGUCCAAGAGCACAACAAUCAGCUGCACGGCCAGAAUACUGAUUUGAAAGAAGACUACCGCUAG